AUGGCUAGUUCUUCAUUAGUUGAUUAUUAUAGUUCUCGUGUUAAUUUUGAUAAACUUAAUCCAUUAAUACGUUCAGCAUAUAAUACAACAUCAGAUUUUGAAGAUUAUAAACAAAAAUUACUUGCUAAAGUUGAAUAUGAUAAUCAAGAUGGUAAUUCAUCAUUUCUUAAUUCAAUUGAAGAUAUUCGUCAUGAACAACGUGUUCGAUUAGCACAAGUUGAACAUGAUUAUUAUAAUCAAAAGCCAACAUCAUCAUUUGAUGUACCUUAUUAUGCUGAAGAAACAAAUAAAAAACAAGAAACUAUACUUAUAUCAAAACCACCUUUACCAUCAGCAUCAAGACGAUCACCAUCGCCAGUAUUUUUAACUGAAGAACAGAUUCAACAUCAUACUCAUCAUCGUCCACUGUCUACAAAUAUAGUUCGACGACAUGAUGAUGAUCUAUCAUUUUGUCCACAUCGAACAUGUACUGGUAAUACGAAUAUUCUACAUGAUUCAACAAGUAAUCAUGUUCAAAGUCAAAUAGAAAAUAUGUGGAAUGAAUUUGAAUUAGAUGAUUAUUUAGAACAAAGAAAAACUCGUCGUCAUCCAAGUGUACCAACAACAACUAGUUGGGCAGGUCGUGUAACAGUACCAGAACCAUUUUCUUUAACAAAUAGUGUAACUAUGGAUAAUGUACAUAGAAAAAAAUGUAUGCAUGAAAUAGAAGCAGCAAAAUUACAAAAAGAAGUUGACGAUGAACUUAUGCUUAAUCGAUCUUUUAAAGCAACUCCUGUUCCUGCUCAUGUUCGUAUGCCUUUAUAUGAACAGUUACAAGAAGAACAACGUGUUCGUCGUGAACAAGUUCGUUAUAUGACAAAAGAAUAUUUAAAUUCAAUAUCAAAACCAUUUGGAUUUGAUUCACGUGAAAAAACUAAAACAAUAUUACGAAGACAUUCAUAUUCCGAUGGAGAUACUCCUAGAAAUGAACCACAAUUUAAAGCAAAACCAUUACCCGAUUUUUAUUAUCGAACAAGCAAAGAUAUUGAACAAAUGAAAGAAAAAUCUCUUUAUCGUUCAAUAAAACGAGAAAUGCGUGCCAAAGAAUUACUUCGUCAAUCACGUCUACCAUCAAGUAUGCAAGAACGUGAACAAUUAGCAAAACGUACACGACGUUCAAUGAGUGCAAAUGAUUUAACACGUAUUGGUCAUGAAGAAUAUACAUUUAAACCAAAAACAAAUGGUUAUUAUAUACCAGAUUAUGAUAAACUUCAUUCAAAAUUUUUACGUCAAUCUGAACAAGCAAAACGUAUGCGAGUACCAACAAAAUGUAAACCAUUUUUAUUAUAUACAAAUUUAAUUCCAACAAAAAAAGAUAAAAUUCUUGAUAAUAUUCGAUAUGAAGAAGAAAUGCGUCAUUUACAAACAUUUCAAAUAAAAGGAAAACAAAUUCCUACAAAAUCAACAUCAGGUAUGAGUUUAUCAAAUAGUCUUCAACAAUCUGAAGCUAUACCAACAAAAACAACUCAAGCACAACGUAUACGUGAAGUUAUGGGAAAGAAAAAACGACGUGAAGAAGAAGCAAAAGAUAAAUUUGAACAAAAAUUUCAAAGAUCAAGAUCAGCUAAAGAAAGACGAUUAAGAGAAAAAAUUCAUGAACAAGCAAAAUUACAAGAUAAAUCAACAAUACAUAAAGCAAAAAAAGAAGAAAAUACUCGUAAAAUUCGUCAAUCAAUGCAUCUAAAUGAAGAUGAAUAUGCUAGAAAAUUAGAUGCAAUGAAUGGUCGUAUUGAACGACGUCCAUUAUUACUUGAACAAGAUCAACGAGAUAAAGCUGUACGAGAUUUAGAAAGAAAAAUUCAACAUGCAAUGACCGUAGCUAAUAUAACUGAAAAAGAUUUAAUGAGACAAAAAUUUAAUUCACCUAAUGUUAGAGUAACAACAACACAUACUGAUUAUUCAUCAUAA